UGCCUAUAGUUUUUCAAAAAUUGAUAUAUACCAACCAAAACCAUAAGAUUUUCCCCAUCAUUCUCGUGAGGCCUUUCUCACUGGCUCACAAGCCAAUAAAGGAAACUCAAACUACUCACUCUAGAUCACAUUUCAAGUUUCAACACUCUAAUUUCCAAAUAUCUAAAUCUCAUUCUAAUCAACUUAGAUCAGCUUAAAUCUACGGUUGUUUAAUCACUUAAUUAUUCUCUUCAGCUUUUUUGGUGUUGCUGUUUUCAUAUUGUUACUUCAUUCUGGUGUUACUCAAAGACUUGAAUUUGUGGCAUUUCUUCACAGCAUUGAAACCAUCACAAUGGUGUCUACUUGUGUCAACUUUAAGACCAAUACCCAUGUAACAAACUUGAGGAAAGACAAUAUUUUUCAUCAAGAAAAUGGUUUUCUAGGUGAGAGAAUCAAAGGGGGUUUGAAUUACAGUCCAUGGAACAUUAAUAAGUUGGAAAUAAGUUUGAAAAACAAAGAGAGGGUUAAGAAGGUAAAAAAACCUGGUGUUGUGUCUGCUGUUCUUACAUCAAAUGAUGCCACUGAGACUAAGACAUUUCAAGUUCCGUCUUUUUUGAGAAGAAAAGCCGACCCUAAAAAUGUUGUUUCCAUCAUACUGGGAGGAGGUUCUGGUGUUCAACUUUUUCCUCUUACCAAACGAGCUGCUACACCAGCUGUUCCUGUUGGUGGAUGCUACAGGCUUAUAGACAUUCCAAUGAGCAACUGCAUCAACAGCGGCAUCAACAAAGUAUUUGUAUUGACACAGUUCAAUUCAGCAUCCCUUAACCGUCAUAUCUCUCGCACCUAUUUUGGAAAUGGCAUCAACUUUGGAGAUGGAUACGUAGAGGUUCUUGCGGCUACUCAAACACCAGGAGAAGCCGGGAAGAAUUGGUUUCAAGGAACAGCAGAUGCUGUGAGGCAAUUUACAUGGGUGUUUGAGGAUGCAAAGAACACAAACAUUGAGAAUGUAAUAAUCUUGGCUGGAGAUCAUCUAUACAGAAUGGAUUACAUGGAUCUUGUGCAGAGUCACAUUGACAGAAAUGCGGAUAUUACAGUAUCAUGCGCUGCUGUUGGUGACAGCCGCGCAUCAGACUUUGGAUUAGUCAAAGUAGAUAGCAGAGGUCGCAUCAUCCAAUUUUCAGAAAAACCUAAGGGAGCUGAUCUUAAAGCAAUGCAAGUAGAUACCUCUCUUUUUGGAUUGUCACCUCAAGAUGCAAUAGCUUCGCCAUUUAUUGCAUCUAUGGGGGUUUACGUAUUCAAGACCGAUGUUUUACUCAAGCUUCUGAAAUGGAGGUAUCCCACAUCCAAUGACUUUGGAUCUGAAAUCAUUCCAGCAUCAGUGAAGGAAUACAAUGUCCAAGCGUUCUUUUUCGGAGACUAUUGGGAAGACAUUGGAACAAUACGAUCAUUUUACGAUGCUAACAUGGCUCUUACCGAAGAGAGCCCAAUGUUCAAAUUUUAUGAUCCCAAGACACCUAUUUUCACUUCUCCAAGAUUCUUACCACCAACGAAGAUUGAUAAAUGCAGGAUUGUGGAUGCAAUAAUCUCACACGGCUGUUUCCUGAGAGAAUGUAGUGUGCAACACUCCAUUGUGGGUGAACGUUCGCGUUUGGAUUAUGGCGUUGAGCUCAAGGACACUAUAAUGAUGGGAGCAGACUAUUACCAAACCGAAUCUGAAAUUGCUUCUGAGCUAGCAGAGGGAAAGGUUCCGAUUGGGAUUGGAAGGAACACCAAAAUCAGGAAGUGUAUAAUAGACAAGAAUGCUAGGAUUGGGAAAGAUGUCAUCAUCAUGAACAAAGAUGGUGUUCAAGAAGCAGAUAGACCUCGGGAUGGUUUUUACAUCCGAUCAGGAAUCACAAUCGUGAUGGAGAAGGCAACAAUAGAGGAUGGCACUAUCAUAUAGACUUAUAGAGUAUUCCAACCAGCAUUUUGGUUUUUGAAAUGUAAAAAUAGAAUGAAAAUAAAUGGGAAUGUUAAAUCAAGAUGCUCAUAAAUAAAAUGAUGAAAGGUUGUUUGUGAA